AUGGCGUGGUUUAGUGGGAAAGUGUCGCUCGGCAACUUUCCGGAUUUCUCAGAUGCCGUAAAUAAGCUGAGUGAAAGUGUGAAGAACAUCGAAAAGAACUUCGACAACGCGCUUGGGCUCGAGGAAAAAUCCGAUGCUAGUGGCAGCGGCAGUGAAACAUCAGGAGGAUUAUGGCCAUCUACAGACAGGAAGGCAUUGUUUGAUCCCAUCAUUGGGUUUAUGGGCCAGAAAGGUGGGGAGGGUGCUGUUGAAUCAUUGGAAAAGUCUACACCCUCAAAGCAAGAGUCUCCUGUCAAGGAAAAACAAGCUGAGAAUGACAACUUAGCUAGUCAAGAAAGUGAGCAGGUUCUUCAUGUGGAACAAGUAAAGGAAGAUUCGAAAAAUGCCGAAGUAGAGCCAGAGUCUGAAGAAGAAACAAAAUCCACAGUUGGGGAGUCCAAAGAAAAUGCUGGUGUAGAAAAUGUUGAAACUGAGGUUGAUUUGCCUUCGGGUCCCAUUGAAUCACCUGAACAUAAAAAUGUAGAGAUGGAGCAAACAGAAUCUAUAAAAACAGUUGUAGAGAACGAGAAGUCAGAGGAAAUAUAUCCUACAGCUUCGGACUCGAUACAACCAGAAUCUGCCCACAAUUUUCAAGAGGAGAGAUCAGAUGAAGUUCCUCCUACACAUUUUAAGCCACUUCAACCAGAGUCAACAAGUCCUGUUGGUCAAAAUGAAGUUAUUCCUUCUGUGCCUUCAAAGGAUGCUGAAACUAGUUUGCCGGAUAACUUAGAUACUACUGAAAAAGAAGGCAGUAAAGAUGUUGUUCCAGCUCAAGCUCUGGAUGCGUCGCAUGCCGUCCUGGGUGAAAGCAAAGAAUUAUCUGAAUCAGAAAGUCUUGAAAAGACCAGAGAAGCUGAAGAUAGUUCUACUAACAAUUUGCCUGUUUUACUAUAUAAUGAUGCGGAAGCAUCAAAAGAAGCUUUGGAUAUGGUUACACCUUUAAAUGAUGCCGUGUCUAAAACAAUUGAGCUCACACGGCACCCAGACAAAGAUCCUAGUGCAAAAGAACGCAGUCUAGGUACCGGAAGCAACGUGCCUGAUAGUGCAGAUACAAUGGCAGAACUUCAGAAAUUGAAAAAGGAAAUGAAAAUGAUGGAAACUGCGUUGCAAGGAGCUGCUAGACAAGCUCAGGCCAAGGCCGAUGAAAUCGCCAAGUUGAUGAGUGAGAACGAGCAACUAAAAUCUGUUAUUGAUGAUCUGAAAAGUAAAACAAAUGAAGCUGAAAUUGAAUCUCUACGGGAGGAGUAUCAUCAGAGAGUAGCUGCACUUGAGAGAAAGGUUUAUGCUCUUACUAGAGAAAGAGAUACAUUGCGCAGAGAACAAAGUAAAAAAAGUGAUGCUGCAGCUCUCUUGAAGGAAAAAGAUGAAAUAAUCACCCAAGUGAUGGCUGAAGGUGAAGAGCUGUCAAAAAAGCAAGCUGCUCAGGAAUCUCAACUUCGAAAGUUGAGGGCACAGAUCAGGGAGCUUGAGGAGGAGAAGAAAGGAUUGCUGACAAAGCUACAGGUUGAAGAGAAUAAAGUAGAAAGCAUAAAAAGAGAUAAGGUAGAAACUGAAAAAUUGCUUCAAGAAACUGUUGAAAAACAUCAAGCUGAACUUGCCACACAAAAAGAAUACUACACGAAUGCUUUGAAUGCGGCAAAAGAGGCUGAAGCAUUAGCUGAGGCACGCGCAAACACUGAAGCAAGAACUCAACUUGAAAGUCGAUUAAGAGAAGCCGAGGACAGGGAAAGUAUGCUAGUUCAAACACUUGAUGAAUUGAGACAAACUCUGAGCAGAAAGGAGCAGCAGGUAGUUUUUAGAGAAGAUAUGCUUCGCAAGGACGUUGAGGAUCUUCAAAGGCGAUAUCAAGCAAGUGAACGUAGGUGUGAGGAGUUAAUCACACAAGUUCCUGACUCUACCAGACCUCUUUUAAGGCAGAUUGAAGCAAUGCAGGAAACAGCCGCCAGAAAGGCUGAAGCUUGGGCUGCUGUUGAAAGAUCUCUAAGCUCCCGGCUUCAGGAAGCAGAGGCCAAAUUUGCAGCGUCCGAGGAAAAGGAGCGUUCGAUUAAUGAGCGUUUAACUCAAACUCUGUCUCGAAUAAAUGUUCUUGAAGCCCAGAUAUCAUGUCUUAGAGCUGAACAGACACAGUUAACGAAGUCUCUUGAAAAGGAGAGACAGAGGGCAGCAGAACACAGGCAGGAAUAUCUUGCUUUGAAGGAAGAAGCUGACACUUAUGAAGGUCGUGUGAGUCAGCUUGAAGAAGAAAUUCGGGAACUGAGGAGAAAGCACAAGGAUGAGUUGCACGAAGCAAUGAUGCAUCAGACACUUCUUCAGCAGGAACUCGAUCGGGAAAAAGCUGCUCGUUUGGAUCAGGAAAAGACUUCCAGCCUUCCGCCUCUUCAUAUACCAGAUCAAAGUUCCAUAGCUAGGCAGAAGUCAUCUGCCUUUGAAAAUGGUAGCUUGUCCCGUAAGAUCUCGAGUGCAAGCAGCUUGAGCAGUAUGGAAGAAACCUAUUUUCUGCAGAACACGUUGGGGUCAUCCGAGAAUUUAUCUGAACAUAGAUCCAUGGCUGAGGUCCCAAUAAGCCCAUACUAUAUAAAGAGCAUGACGACCAGCACUUACGAAGCAGCCCUUCGUCGAAAGGAAGGGGAGCUUGCGUCAUAUACAUCUAGACUGGCUUCUAUGGAAUCAAUUCGCGAUUCUCUUGCAGAGGAGUUAGUUAAAAUGACGGCAGAGUGUGAAAAGCUACGGGCAGAAGCUGACACACUACCCGGGAUACGAGCAGAAUUAGAGGCACUCAGACGGAGGCACUCAGCUGCCUUGGAGUUGAUGGGCGAACGUGAUGAGGAGUUGGAAGAACUUCGCGCUGAUAUAGUCGAUCUGAAGGAGAUGUAUAGAGAGCAAGUGAACUUACUUGUCAAUAAAGUUCAAAUAUUAAGGUCGUCUAUUGGUGCUGCUUGA